AUGAAGUCUCUCUUCCUGACACUUGGUCUGCUCGGCCUUAGUACCUCGGCUCUUGCAGAAACUUGCGGCGAUGCCAACUACGACCCCAAGAGCUACAUCUGCCAUAAUGGCAACUUCCUAUGUCCCGUGGUCAACGGCGAGGGCCUCUCGUACUGCAACGGAGCCUGCUACUCCAAAUUCAUGUACCAGUGCAACUCGGGAAUCCUGGGCCAGCUCCCGCUCCUGGACCAGGGCUCCAAGUUCUCCCUGACGGCCUGGAACCCCGCCUUGCCCUCCGUGCACGGCAAGCCCAUCGCCAACUCUGGCCGCCACUGGUGGGUCGGGGGCGAGACGGCCAGCUACUGCCCGGACGUCGUCGAGGGCCAGGGCGGCUGCCCUCCCGGCAACGUCACCUCCAUGGUCUACUCGGGCGGCAUGAACACCGUGGUCCCCGGCGGCCAGCUGUACUACCUCAACGCCAACUGGAGCGUCGAGGUCACCCAGGCCCACUCGGCCUACAUCCCGUCGGGCAGCACCCUGGGCGGCAUCGUGGCGUACAAGGACGGCGGGUUCAUCAACACAAACGGCCAGGCGACCGGCUGGGUCGCCUGCCCCAGUACGGCAAGCGGCGGUGGCGGCAACGACGGGCGGUGGAACCUCGUUGCGAGGAAUACUUCGUCAGCUGAUUCGCUCAAGGGCUGCACGGGCAUCAACCUCCAGGUCAACUAUCUCGGUGACUCGAGCGCGCCGGCUUCGGCCUGGCAGUAUAUUUGA